AUGGACAGGAGCUACGCAAGGCGAACGCAGCGUGGGGAAAGCAUCCAGGGCCUCGGGGGAGGCGCUUUCCCUGCGCUCUUGCUUAAAGGCUGGGUUGGGAGGCUGGUACAGCGUCUACGGCCAUACUACCCUGAACACGCCCGAUCUCGUCUGAUCUCGGAAGCUAAGCAGGGUCAGGCCUGGUUAGUACUUGGAUGGGAGACCGCCUGGGAAUACCGGGUGCUGUAGGCUUUUGCCUCCUUUUGCCGGUCCGCCCAUUUCACGCCAGGCGCUGCUGCCUGCUCUUCCGAUCUUUAUUUUAAUUUCCUUUCCUUCUGACUCGCACCUUUCGAACCUGCUUUUCCUUUGCAAGGCCCUGCCCCCUCCCCCUGCACUGCUCAGGGCGGCUUGCAAGCAUUUGAAGUCACAGCUCAGCUGAAAUCUAUCAAGAGGCAGCAACUGCUGGACAUGAAGUGCAGCACAGGAGAACUGCAAGUGGAAAGCGUCUGCAGGACGGUCAGUUCAGUUGUAUUCAAAGACAGCCACAAAUGGACAGGAACUAUGCAAUGUGAAAGCCGCAUGUGGAAUCCUCCUUUCCUUUCUAACUUUUAAAAAGCAAAUUUUGUAUAAUUUUGCUAUUUCUUUGUCUGUUUUAUUUUUGUUUUCUUCUUUGCUUUUUUCCUAAAUGUUCUUUGUGUGUAUGUGUUGAUUUUAAACCAAUAAAGAUUAAUAUUUUUUUAAAAAGAGAUGGUAGAGCAUAAGAUUCUUAAUCUCAGGGUGGUGGGUCUGAGCCUCAUGUUGGGCAAAAUAUUCCUGCAUUCCCUUCAAACUAUACAGUUCUUCUUCUUCUUCCUCCUCCCCCUCUCCUUCUCCUUCCAAUUAUGUAUUUAUUUAUGGCCUGCCGUUCUCAUCCUAAGGUCCCAAGGUGGGUUGCAACAUUAAAAAAACUAUUAUAAACAAUUAAAAACAUUCAUCCAGAUUUGCCUGCGGGGUGUUUAUAUACUUCCUGUUAAUCAUUUGUCCACCCCCCACUUUUCAGUGCAUUUUUCUAAUUGUAAAAAAGUUGUUUUCUUCUUUUUUUUAAUAUAAAAAGUGGGGUUUAUUGAAAUAGGUCAACAGAGUAUUUUAAUUCACUUUAACCGCAUAAACCCGAAACUCCAGUAAACCCUUGUAUCCUUUUUGCAAAAUAGUGACAGACUCGACUGGAGGCACCUGAAAUGUCUGGUUCUGAGGCCACAAUACUCUGAAACAUUCAGAGUGGGGUAGAUCUGUGGUUCUCUCCCAACGUCUCUAAUGCAAGGGUUGGCAACCUAAGGCCCAUGGGCCGGAAGUGGCCCACAGAGGCCAUUUAACCAGUCCAUGAGCCGCCCGCUCGGUGAGUCCUUGCGCAUUGCGCUAAACUGGCGCAGCGUGGCACGGGGUCUCUCUUCUGCAGCUCUGGAAAUCGCUUCUGCGCAUGCCCAGACACCAGAAACUGCGUCUGCGCAUGCCUGCGGCGCCAGAAAUCGCUUCUGAGCAUGCCCAGACGCCAAAAAUCACUUCUGCGUAAGCGCGAUUUCUGGCAUCUGGGCAUGCGCAGAGGUGAUUUCCGGCACUGUGGACAUGAGCAGACAUGAUUACCAGUGUUGUGCUGUGCCGGCCCGGCCCAUGGAGGAUCUCCGCGGCAGUGAUCUGGCCCAUGCCUGGUAAGCCUUGCCGACCCCUGCUCCAAAGCCCUGGGCCAGUGGAAUGAAUGCUGAUGAGAUUGUCUUGGCUGUUUGUCUGCAGGACGGCCUCUGGACCCUUCGCUGCCCAUCAUGCAUUCAGUCUCCAAAGUGAUUUGUUCUCUGGCAUUUGGACAUCCUGUUCCCGUGGAAGAGAAGGCCUUACAUGAGCUGACUGAACACAUCAGCACUGUUACAAAAUUUAGGGGCACCGCUGGAGAGAUAGUGAGUAAUGAAUUAUCCCCUGUUCCUUCUCGCUCUCCCAGCUCCGAGGAGGGCAACGCUGUAUCUGCACACAAACAUGUCCAGUGUUGAGUCAGAGCCAGGCCAGGUUUUCCUCAUCCCUCCUCACUGUGGUCCUUUUUCAGUGGAAGUGAUGGAGAAGGGACCUGCCGCGUUCUGCAUGCAAAUGGUGCAUUCUGCCAUUAAGCUAUGGCUCUUCCCUAAGAGCUGCUGUAUGAUGAUGAUGAUAAUUACCCACCCUUUAUCCUAAGGUCCCAGGGCAGGUCACAACAUUAAAACGAAACGUUGUUGUUGUUUAGUCAUUUAGUCAUGUCCGACUCUUCGUGACCCCCCUGGACCAGAGCACGCCAGGCACUCCUGUCUUCCACUGCCUCCCACAGUUUAGUCAAACUCAUGCUGGUAGCUUCGAGAACACUGUCCAACCAUCUCGUCCUCUGUUGUCCCCUUCUCCUUGUGCCCUCCGUCUUUCCGAACAUCAGGGUCUUUUCCAGGGAGUCUUCUCUUCUCAUGAGGUGGCCAAAGCAUUAAAAACAGCUUAAAACAGGUUACAACCACAAAAAUAAGGUGGCUACUCAGUCCCAGUUUUGAGGCUUCCUGUAGGCAUCCUGUUGAACACACUGAGAACAGGUUGCUGGACUAGAUGGGCCAUUGACCUGACUCUUCUGAUGCCCUUAUGUUCUCCCAAGUGACCUCUUUACCAGCUCUAGUCAUAUCAGUCAUUUGGGGUGGUGGGCAUUCUCUGUGGCAGCCCCUGAGCUGUGAGAUUUCCUCUCCACAGGGGUGUUCCUGAUGUCUUCCUUGUAUAGCCUCCAUUGCUUCCUUCUGUUAAGUACAGUUGUUUAAUUGACACUGAAAUGGAAAAUCCCUCUGGAGUCUCCUAAGCAAGAAGAGCUCUCUGAGCUGCCUAGAUAGGUUGCUAAUUAACUAUUGUUAUUGUUUUCUGGUAGCUCUGACAUAGUGUUUUAACUUUAGAUCACAUGAGAGGUACUGAAUUGCAAAUUCGCCUUCUUGGAAGGGUGGUGGCUGAGUCUUUGUUCUCAGGCUCUGUAAAAGUAAGAUGCCUCUUCAGGAACUGCAUAGCCUAGGGAGCUGGAAUGCAGGCUAAUGGAGCCUGUGUGUUAGAGAGAGCUAUGUUUGUCAGCUCUGGUUAUAAGUUCAUUUUAUUUCUAAGAUGCUGAGCCUGUGCUGGACUUGCACAAGAUAUUGUAUAGAAUGAUUUGGAUGUAUCGUUUAUUGGCACUGUAGGGAUGCGGGUGGUGCUGUGGUCUUAACCACAGAGCCUAGGGCUUGCCAAUUAGAAGGUCGGCGGUUCAAAUCCCCACGACGGGGUGAGCUCCUGUUGUUCGGUCCCAGCUCCUGCCCACUUCAAAGUGCAAGUAGAUAAAUAGGUACUGCUCCAUCGGGAAGAUAAAUGGCAUUUCCGUGUGCUGCUCUGGUUUGCCAGAAACAGCUUAGUCAUGCUGGCCACAGCUGGAAGCUGUCUGCAGACAAACGGCAGCUCCCUCGACCUACAGAGCGAGAUGAGUACGCAAUCCCAGGGUCGUCCGCGACUGGACCUAACAGUCAGGGGUACUUUAACCUUUUUAUUUGGAUGUAUCGGUUUUUGUUCAGCUUUUGAAGAAAGUUCUUCAAGUAAAGUUUUGAACAAUCUAAUGAGUCUGAACAAUGCUUCAUUCGCAAAGGAGUCAAUUUUUAUAUCGAGUCGCUUCAAACUGCACAAUAUUCAGUACUGUUUUUCUAGAAAAAGAGGUGCCAGAAUUCACCAUGAAUGCCUCCCUUGUUCUCUUAGAAUGGCAAUGGAACCAACCUGAGAGGUGCUAGAACUGAGUUCUGGUGAGUUCUGGCUGGAAAAAAAAGCCCUGGAAAUACUGAUAUAUGCAACAUCUUCCAGUUCUGAACUUUUUGCCUUGCUCCUGAACCGCCAUUCCCAAGCUUUCUGUCUGCUCCCAAGCCUGUCCCUUGACUUCCCUGAAUCCAGGUCUCUUCCUUAAUUACAAGAGCCCAAACAGGGGGAUCAGGGAUUACAUUGCCAAAGCAACACUCACACAUUUUCUUUUGCAUUUCCUGCAGCUAUACAACGCUUUCCCUUCACUGAUGCAGCACCUUCCCGGGCCUCACAAAAUGGUUUUCUCCUCCUGUGAAUUCAUGUGUUCUUUUAUCAGGAAGGAGGUAGAAAAUUGCCAGAAAGGUGGGGUUUCCCAGGAGCAAAAGGACUACACUCACCUCUAUUUGGCUCAGAUAGACAAGGUAAGUUUCUGCUGGAGUGCCUGAAUUUGGCACAGCUCAUGAACCACUGAGACAAAAGCCGCCCACAAAUGGCUGGGAAGCUGUGGCUUUGCAACAAGAAAUUGUGUCUCUGUGGCGAUCACACAGGGCCCCCGGACGUUUCACGGUCUAUUGACCCUGUGCCCCCACUGCGGUUGCUUUCUUCGCUGCCACCACCCCGCUUCUCACGGGGACACACGGAGUCCAGACAGUAGUUAACAUAAACAACUAAUCAAGUUUAUUUUUAAGUGCAGGAAUAAGCGUAUGGUUUCGGUUUAUUUUUCUCUUGUCAGUUUCUUAAAUCUUAGUUACUACAACUUCAAACUGAAUUAUUCCCAACUAUCUGUCUAACUCCCUAACAAUUCCUCUCACUCUCUCACAAUACAACUCGACCAACCCACUGCGUAUUCCACCCUCUUCCUUCUCCAACCCAAGCCUCAACUCCCAACUGACAACCCUCAACCCUCAACUCCCAACUUCCAAACCUCAACUGUCAACUCCCAGACCUCAACUGUCUUUUCAAAACCUCCCACUCUAUCUUUUACUCCCCCCUCACAUUCUCACUGGCCAAUCACAUCACACCCAUUUUUAACUCUUUCCUUGACGCAUCCUAGGGGCAAACGCCACAGUCUCACACAAGACUUUCUUUCCCUAACUGAGCAUAGCCUGUUUAUUUCCUGUUACGGUGAAAAUAUCUUGUUCAAGGUGCUCCUACCAGACCCUCCAAGUAUCCCUAUUUUCCAGGGACAGUACUGGAUUUACAGAAGCCAUCCCGGUUUUUGAUCUGAUCCAGGAAUGUCCCGCUUUUCCUUAGGAUGUCCCUAGUUUCAUCAGAGAAAUGUUGGAAGGUAUGCAGUUAUGCAACGCCACCGGCUAAGGAGAUAAGUAACUAUACAACCUUUAGAAGACAUCUGAAGGCAGCCCUGUAUAGGGAACAUUUUUAGUGUUUAAUAUUUUAUUUAUAUAUGUUGGAAGCUGCCCAGAUUGGCUGGCGCAAUCCAGUCAGAUGGGCAGGGUAUGAUGAUGAUGAUGAUGAUGGUGAUGAAUAGAGUGUUCCUAUUUUCAUUGGAGAAACGUUGGCAGGUAUGUAGUACUGAACUAUUACAGCCCUAUACAGUUCAGGACUAGGUUACUUGAGAGGCUGCCUUAUCUUGUAUAUAGCCAGUAGGUCACUGCAGUCUAUGGGAGAGUAUUUCCUAAAGGUUGCGAAGAGAUCCAAGGCCCUCUCCAUAGCAACUCGGAGCUUUUAGCAUGGUUGCCCUAGUUCUGUGGAACUGCAUUCCUAUCAAGAUCUGACAGGCAGCCGUUAUCCGCACCUCCUGGAAAUAAUUGUAGGCAUUUUUGUUCCGACAAGCUUUUCCAGCUGGGCGAAUAAGCCUCUUCCACGGAUAAAUAUCACUUGCGGUGUGGUAAAGCAGCAUUUAAAUAAGCCAAACCAAAUUAACACAAUACAAAUCUAUAAGCAGUUUACAGAAAAGCAAGGAUUGGUCCUGUGUGUCAGCACCAGCAUCCAUUCCAGUCCACAUUGUUUAGUAUAUUGAAUAAUAUGGUACCGUUUUGGAUAGAAGUCAACUGGGAGUGAUGCAGCACUCCCUGACGGUUCAGUAUUAGUGAUAAAUUGUUUAUUUAAAUUGUGCAUUGUUUCUGAAGAUUGGAUGUUCUGGAUAUGAACUCUCUCCACUGGCUGUUACUUGUUUUGCUUACAAUUAUGGCUUACUAUGUUGAUUUACAACAACAACAACAACAACAACAACAACAACAACAUCCUCUACCUGCAGAAAGCUAGCCUGUCAGGGAGAAAGUUCUUAGUCCGGCUUCUCCCUUGACAUGCUGCUUUUCUGUGUGCAGAGGUAUUUUUGACGCAGGUGGCACAUACAGUCAUGCAAUUCUUUUGUUUGCUGUCUGCAGCUGCACAGUCCCAUUAUCAACAUACCCAUUCAUUUGCCAGGCCACACUCAUUUUUAUUCCAGCCCCACCCACCACUGGCAUGUGGUCCCCACUAAGUUGUCUACAAGGUAAAGUGGCCCUAGGCCUUGUUUCCCAUCCACGCCUUAACCGGCUCCCAAAUCACAGGAAUGGCUGGUGCAGUGGGGCAGGGCUGCGGAUCUGACACCGAAAUUGCUGCCGUUUACCUGGAUGGGGCAGGACACAGGUGAGGUUGUGGGUACACAGGCCCAGCGACAGAGUGAAUCUAGUGUUCCCACUGGUGCACCGACCUAGGUCAGUGGCAGGAGGGGGGCUUCAUGGUGCAGCCUCACCAUCCUGGCUGCUGCCACCAAAUCACAAAACCCCAAGUGUUCUUGCAAGCUAGGAAGUGAGGCAAAGCUUCCAUGGAGCCAACAAUGGAGGUAAAAAUUAGUCUCAAGAACUGCACACAGGGCAAAGGCAACACAGUGGUUGCAACUGAGACAGCCAAGCUUUUGAGUACCUUGGGUUGAAAUGUCAUGCUUCUAAUCCACAGGAGAAAAUUGACUCCACAACUACGUUUGAUGAAGACAACCUGGUACAGGUUAUCUUUGACCUGUUUGCUGGAGGCACAGACACUCUAGUUGCCACUCUCUCCUGGGCUUUGCUUUUUAUGGUGGCCCAUCCCAAUAUUCAAGGUGAGAGGGGCUGUAUGGCGCAAGUGAAGGAUGCUUAUUCUGUUCUAUGUACAGCUUGGGAGGGGCGAAGGCUGUAGCUCGGUGGCAGAGCCUCUGCUUUGCAUGCAAAAGAUCCCAAGUUCAGUCCUUGGCAUCUCUAGCUAGGGCUGGGAAUGUCUAGAACCAGAAUUGUAGAGUUGGAAGGGACCGCAAGGGUCUAGUCCAACUCCCUGCAAUGCAGGAAUCUUGUGCCCAGUGUGGGGCUUGAACCCACAACCCUGAGAUUAAGAGUCUUAUGCUGUACCAGCUGAGCUAGCCCUGAAACCCUGGAGAGCUGUUCCCUGUUGGUGUGGACAAUAUUGUGCUGGGUUGCCAAAUGACAUUAAGCAGGCCCAGAUGUUAAAACAAAAUUCUGGGGUUGUAAUUGAGGGAAGCCCUAUAUAUUAUUUGAGAGCAUGGUUGAUUGAUUCUGCUUCAGUUUGUUCUCUGAUGCUUCCCCAAUAAGGGAAAAAGCAGGACAGAAAAUCAUGUCUUUCACAUAGAAAGUGAUGGGAUUUCAGGAAGAAGUUAGAGGAUAUGCACUGAUUGGAAAUGAAGCAGCAUGACCACCCCAAAACAUUUGCAGGCACAGACAUAAUAGAAAGCAUGAUCAUGUGUGACCGCCCCAAUUGCAAUGUGAGAACAAAUCAUCUUCAAUGUGCAAUAAAGGGCCAAGGGCCCAUGGAGGGGCCAAGGGGUUCUCUUUCACAGCUGUUUAGUGGCUGGCACUCUGGUGACCUUUGAGACAAGAGUGCUUCCCAAAUACAACCUUCCCUCUGCCCACCUAUGAAUUGAAACACAUUUUCCCCCGCCCUCAGAGCAAGUCCAGAAGGAGCUAGGAAGUGCUCUCAGCCCCUCCAAAUUGGUCUGCUAUGAGGAUCGGAAGCGAUUGCCCUAUACCAGUGCUGUGAUUAAGGAGACGCAGCGCUUCAGCAACGUCAUACUAUUUGGGGCACCCAGAGUUUGUGUAGACGAUAUGAAUGUGCUUGGCAACUUCAUUGAAAAGGUACAGAGCGACUUCUACCACCACCCUCCUCUUUCCCAGGUUGAACGCUUGUUUGGCAACAAGUUUUAGCUAGUGCAAUUGUUGCGUUGGAUUCCUCUGUUGAGUGGCAUUGAAACUCACCCAUUCACUAGUGCAAGAGCCCUUUUGUGAGCAGACAGAAAAUGUUGAAUAUAUAUAUCCUUAAAGACCUACCUUGGCUCCCAGAAUGUUUCGGAGCACAAUUCAAAGUGUUGGUGCUGACCUUUAAAGCCCUAAAUGGCCUCAGCCCAGUAUACCUGAAGGAGCGUCUCCACCCCCAUCGUUCAGCCCGGACACUGAGGUCCACCUCCGAGGGAUUUCUGGCGGUUCCCUCCCUGUGAGGGAACCAGGCAGAGGGCCUUCUUGGUAGUGGCACCCACCCUGUGGAACACCCUCCCAUCAGGUGUCAAGGAAAUAAACAACUAUCUGACUUUUAGAAGACAUCUGAAGACAGCCCUGUUUAGGGAAGUUUUUAAUGUUUGAAGUUUUAUUCUGUUUUUAGUCCUCUGUUGAGAGCUGCCCAGAGUGGCUGGAGAAUAAUAAUAAUAAUAAUAAUAAUAAUAAUAAUAAUAAUAAUUUGCUUGACUUACAGCAUUCCUAGGAGUAUAAAUAUUGAUUUGGCUUUUAUUGCAACAUUAAGAAUAUAUUUCUUUGUUCUGUGGAACAAUUAUGAAGUUGGCUUCCUUCUCUUACUCUGAAACAACCCGUCAGUUUUAUCGUAUUUGCUAUUUCAAAGGUUUUGAUCAUCCACCCUCAGGGUCCUUGUUGCGACAAAUUGUUAUACAGGUAGCUGUCAAUAAAUUUGUGACCAAUUAUCUAUCCUGAUCUUUAACACAGCCAAAUAGAGGCGUCCAUUGGAAGUGAACACCUGGUAAUUAAUAAUAAUAAUUUUUUUAUUUAUAUCCUGCCCAUCUGAUUGAGUAGCCCCAGCCUCUCCGGGCAGCUCCCAACAAAAAAUUAAGAACACCAUAAAACAUAGCACAUUAAAAUUUUUCCGAUACAGGGCUGCCUUCAGAUGCCUUCUAAAUGUCAAAUGCUUGUUUAUCUCCUUGACAUCUGAUGGGAGGGCGUUCCACAGGGCAAUUAAUAAUAAUGUUCUUAUUUAAUAUUUUAUUAUAUUAUUAUUUAAUUCUUUCAAUCCCUCUAACCACAUUAUCGCAGAACUUCUAUAUAUGUGUGUGUGUUAGAACAUGUACAUUUCAUUGUGGAGGGGAAAUCAUUUUAAUUAAAUUUAAAAUUUUAAUGGAAGCCACACUGGUGAAUCCGGCUGUGGGGCAGGUGGCUGUCAUUUCCCACAACACUGACUGCACUGUGAGGAAGUUAGAACAACCCUGCAAUGGCAAAUCCAGUUGCUUGAGCUCAGCGCUCCUUUCUGUGCCUGGCCAAAAUAAAUUAAAGGGGACCUAGAAGCCUCGUGUCGUUGGUUAUGGUGGGUGUUCCGGAACAGUGUCAUAGUGUGGGAGCAGGCCACAGGGACUGUUGUCCUGGGCUCAGAAUUGUUAGGGGUGCAAAAUGUCAACACUCAGUGCUGCUUCAAUGCAACCAUGCACUUUCAUUGCUGGACUCUAUUGAAAAUGGCUUCUCCGUGCGAACCAGGAAGUGACCUCUCCAGACAACAGAGCACCUCUUCUUUUCUUAUCUCUGUGGCUGUGAUCUCCUGGGUGAUACGGAUGCCGUUAGGCAGUUGAAUGAGCCCUCCCACCCACUGCCUGUGCGUGGUCCUGGGCACUGGCAACCCAUGCUAUGACACUGCUCCAGAGGUCCUAGCAUUUGCCCUAAUAGGCUAUUUGCUGGCCUGGGUGUAGGACAGGCUUCCUCAACCUCAGCCCUCCAGAUGUUUUGAGACUACAAUUCCCAUCAUCCCUGACUACUGGUCCUGCUAGCUAGGGAUCAUGGGAGUUGUAGGCAAAAACAUCUGGAGGGCCAAGAUUGAGGAAGCCUGAUGUAGGAGUUCUCCACCUAUACCUGUCUGACCAAGAUAUUAAGAAGUAUAGCUAAACCCUCUUUUCUCUUCUUUGCAGAAUACUCUGGUGAUUCCUGAUCUGUGCUCUAUUAAUCUUGAUCCCAAGCUUUGGGAGACUCCUCGCCAGUUCAACCCUAACCACUUCCUAGAUAAGGAUGGGAAAUUCAUAGUGAGAGAUGAAUUCCUCCCAUUUGGAACAGGUAAAUGCACAGACUUUUAGAAAGCACAACUGCAAACUUGACCUGCAAUAUUGAACAGCAGUGAUUGUUUUGAGGACAAAAUCUUGAAGGAGGAGCUGAGAAAAUGCAGAGAAGCCAUAACAGGCUUUUGAAAGUAACCCUUUAAAUUUUCGGACCUGCCAGCAGAGGACCAGUAAGGAACCAAGACGCAAUCAAAUGCAAGCCUUUUAACUUUGUUCAGGCAACACUACGUGCCAAGCAAUUUCGACAGAGGAGUCUUGGCAACACUCUUCUAAGUUCAGGCUUCCCCAACAUGGUGGGAAAUAAAAGCCAGAGACCUAGCAGAAAAUACAUCUUUUUGCCUGGCAUCUGAAGAUAUGUAAUGGUGGUGCCAGGUGAGCCUCCCUGAGGAGCGAAUCCCACAAGUGGGGAGUCACCACCGAAAAGGCCCAUUCUUGUGGACCUCCCAUGGAGGGGGAAACAUGGAAUAGAGCUUCAGAUGACUAUCCCAGGGUUCAGGUCAGUUCAUAUGGGGAGAGGAAGUUUUUGAGGUACAGUGGUACCUCAGGUUAAGAACUUAAUUCGCUCUGGAAGUCCGUUCUUAACCUGAAACUGUUCUUAACCUGAAGCACCACUUCAGCUAAUGGGGCCUCCUGCUGUUGCUGUGCCAACGCCGCACGAUUUCUGUUCUCAUCCUGAAGCAAAGUUCUUAACCUGAGGUACUAUUUCUGGGUUAGUGGAGUCUGUAACCUGAAGCGUAUGUAACCCGAGGUACCACUAUAUUAGUGGUACAGCAUUCUAGGUCAAAACCAGCAAUUUGACUUCGGUCCAGAAAUGAAUUGGUAGCCAGCGCAGUCAGGCCAGGAUUAGUGCUAUAUCUUCAAAUUGUCUUGCCACGGUGAGCUACCUGGCCUCUGAAUUCUGUAUCAGCUGCAGUUUCCGAACUAUCUCCAAAGGCAGCACCAGGUAUAAUGCGUUUCAGUAAUCUAACCUAGAGGAUACCAGAGUGUAGGCAACAGAAAUUAGGCUAUCCCUUUCCACAUCAAUUAGGCUUGCUCACACAAAAGAGGUGCAGGAUUGCAGCUUGAGUGUCAACCGUAUGCACACUUCUUCUUCUUCUUCUUCUUCUUCUUCUUCUUCUUCUUCUUCUUCUUCUUCUUCUCCUCCUCCUCCUCCUCCUCCUCCUCCUCCUCCUCCUCCUCCUCCUCCUCCUCAUUAUUUACCACCCUUCAUCUGAGGAUCAUAGAGAGGUUUACAUUUGUUGUUGUUUAGUCGUUAGUCGUGUCCGACUCUUCGUGACCCCAUGGACCAGAGCACGCCAGGCCCUCCUGUCUUCCACUGCCUCCCGCAGUUUGGUCAGACUCAUGUUUGUAGCUUCGAGAACACCGUCCAACCAUCUCGUCCUCUGUCGUCCCCUUCUCCUUGUGCCCUCCAUCUUUCCCAACAUCAGGGUCUUUUCCAGGGAGUCUUCUCUUCUCAUGAGGUGGCCAAAGUCUUGGAGCCUCAGCUUCAGGCUCUGUCCUUCCAGUGAGCACUCAGGGCUGAUCUCCUUAAGAAUGGAUAGGUUUGAUCUUCUUGCAGUCCAUGGGACUCUCAAGAGUCUCCUCCAGCACCAUAAUUCAAAAGCAUCAAUUCUUCGGCGAUCAUCCUUCUUGAUGGUCCAGCUCUCACUUCCAUACAUCACUACUGGGAAAACCAUGGCUUUAGCUAUACGGACCUUUGUUGGUAAGGUUUACAUUAUAAGAACACAAAAAUGCACAACAUAAUUGCAAACAAAACAAUACCCACCCACCCAUCCCGGUUUAAAAGGCCAUAGAAUGUUUAAUCAGCCAAAGGCCUGGUUAUAGAGAAAUAUUUUUGUGCGGCACUUAAAGAUAUGUAAGGAAGGCAUCAGGCAAGCCUCCCUGGGGAGAGCAUUCCACAAGUGGGGAGCCACCACAGAAUAGGCUUAUUCUUGUAUUGCCAUCCUCUGGACCUCUUUCAGAAGAGGCACAUGAAGAAGAGUCUCAGAUGAUGGACGCAGGUCCUGGUUUGGUUCAUAUUGGGAAGGCGGUCCUUGAGGUAUUGUGGUCCUGACUUCCAUCUCAUUGUGUGGACAUGUGCACCAUCUCCCUUCCCUUCUGCAUAGGUUCUUCAGAUGCUUUGGUUGUGCACCAUAUGCAAAUGUAUACCAUGCACUCUUAAUUAUGGAGUAUUAUGUGGCGCUUGAGAGAAUGAGUGAUGCAGGUACGUGAUACUUAUUUUCUCCUGUUUAUUACUUCUGCAGGAAGCCGUGCAUGCUUGGGGAAGCACAUAGCACAGGUGGAACUCUUUGUUUUGUUUACCAGCCUCGUGAGAGCAUUUACCUUCCGGCUGCCAGAGGGAGUGAAGGAAGUGAACACUGAACCUGUAAUAGCUGCUGUGUUGCAUCCCCGCCCAUUUAAGCUCUGUGCUGUUCCUCAUUAGGCUACAGCCCACAGAAGACCAAGGCUGGAGAGUUUAGAGUGGCUUAUUGCUCACUGGGGAUUUUUCAGCUCCUACUGCAAAGCUUUAUACUUUACAUCUCCAUAGCCUGGUUGAUCUACUCAAUUUGUAGAGCAAGAGAUUCUUAACCUCAAGGCCGUAGGUUUGAGCCCCAUGUUGGGCAAAAAGAUUCCUUCAUUGCAGGGAGUUGGACUAGAUGACCCUCAUGGUCCCUUCCAACUCUAUAAUUCUGUGAUUCUGUAAUACAUGCAUUGUUUCGUGAGAGAAUUCAGGUAGAAAUAAAUGACAGAACUGGAUGAAAGGAUCUGAGAACAGUGGCAAUGAGUGAUCUGAACAGAUGCCAUCGUUCUAACACCCACAUUCAGAGUAGCCUGUUGAGGAGUAAAAGCACUGAGAAAAAUGAAAUCAAUUUGCACCUGAGUGCAGAUGGUCACAUUACAUUUUAUGUACUCUGGUUCAUGAUAAAAGGUAAAGGGAC